AUGUAUGCCUACCGCCGGGCCGCCGCGGCGUCCCUCGGUGGGCCCCGCGCCGUGGGAGGCUGCCCGGCGCAGCCCCGCUGCGGCAGCCUCGUCGCCGGCCGGCCAGCCGACGACUCGCAGAAGCUGGCCGUCACGCUGAUCCGGGGCGUGGCGGCCGUGCCCGCGGGGCCCGAGCGGGCCGAGGAGUGCGCCAGGCGGCGCGCCGAGAUCGCCGUGGGCAUCGACCUGGUGCUGCACACGCUGGAGUCCACGGAGCGGGCGCUGCGCGCCCCCGCGGCGGUGCGGGGGGCGGGCUCGGGCGGCGAGCCCCUGCCCGAGCUCGCCCGCCACCUGAAGUCCCUGAGGUGGGCCGCGAACUUCACCAACGCCCUGCAGACGGCGGCCAGGACGCUGAGGACGCUCGACUCGUGCGACACGCCGGAGCUGGCGUACUCUGAGAUCGCCGCGCAGCUGUGCAUCAUCAAGGACACCCUCCGAGACUUCACGGGCAUGAUGCUGGACGCGGGCAGCGCGGCCGCGCGGCGGCCAGAGCAGGCCGCGAGGCCCGCCGCGCUGCGCGCCCCUUCGGCGGGCAAGCGGGACGCCCUGUCGGACACCUGCAGCUGCAGCACGGCGUCGGGGUCGGGGUCGGGAUACGCCUCCGAGGUGUCGAGCGAGGCGGACUGCGACAGCCCCAGGCGCUGCGCCAGCUCCGGCGAGGUGUCGCCCCAGGCGGCGUUCGCCGGGGGCUGCGGCGGGGCGCGCGGGGCCGAGGCCGCGCCCGGCGGGAGGCCGUGCGGCGCCGACGGCGGCUCGUGGUACACCACGCCCUUGUACUGGGGGUGA